AUGCAGGUACCGUGUGGUGUGGCUGCGGGCCCCAGACUCCCAGCGCCGUGGCGCCUGCACCGUCGUGGGUCGGGCCUAUUUCGGUCACUGCAAGUUGGCACUGGAAGCGCGAAUGCGACAGUCGCAAUCUAUACCUGGUGGUUCUGUAGACAUACACUGCAGGACGCGACUCGGCAAGAUGUUAUAUUUCCAUGCCCGACUUCUUGGCUGACGCGGUGGCCGGUUCUCGCAUUCAACAUGCACAUGAAGAACUAG